AUUGGAUACAGAUUGAAGGACUUAACUGAGUUGGGAAUUAGCUGCGACCUCCAACAUGCCGUCCAAGCCUGCCCCGAUCAAGAAGGCGGCCAAGAAAGAACCAGCCAAGAAAGAGGAGAAAGCCCCGGAGCCGGCUCCCGAACCCGCCCCAGAGCCUGCUCCUCCCGCGGAGCCUGAGGCGGCCCCGGCUGAAGCGGAGCCCGCCGCUGCUGAGGAGGCUGCUGCUCCUGCAGAGGCUGCUGCAGCUCCAGCCACAGACGAAGCUGCUCCUGCUGCAGACUCCGAAGCGCCCGCUCAUGCUGAAGCUGCACCAGCACCAGAAGAACCUAAACCACCAACUCCUCCACCACCCAAAGAGCCAACAAGCGCUCCUGUGGAUCUGUUUGUUGAGGACAAAAAUGACUCUUCAGUCACCAUCAUCUGGAGCGAGCCCACAACCAUUGGAGCCUCCGGUCUGGAUGGAUACACAAUUGAAAUCUGCAAGGAUGGAACUGAUGACUGGAAGGCAGUGAAUGAGACUCUGCAGAAGUCCAGUCGUUUCGUUAUCAAGAACCUGACCACCGAUGACCGCCUGAAGAUCCGCGUGGUGGCUGUGAACGAAGGAGGUCGCAGCCCCCCUGUUGCCCUCCCCGAGCCUGUUCUGGUCAAGGAGGUUGCUGACCGUCCCAAGAUCCGUUUGCCUCGUUACCUCAGGCAGCGGUACGUCGCUCAUGUUGGAGACAAGGUCAACCUGACCAUCCCGUUCACAGGCAAACCCAAACCUGUGGUCACUUGGACAAAGGGAGGUCAGCCCUUGGACCCAAAGAGGGUCAACAUCCGCAGCACCGAAAGAGACAGCAUCUUGUUCAUCCGUGCAGCCGAGAGAGAUGACUCCGGCGUCUAUGACAUGUCCGUGAAGGUGGAGGGCUUCGAAGACAAGGCCUCACUCACCCUUCAAAUCGUCGAGCUGCCAGGGCCUCCUGCCACCGUGAAGAUUGUGGAUACCUGGGGCUUCAACGUCGCUCUGGAGUGGACCGCUCCCAAAGACAAUGGAAACACCGAGAUCACAGGAUACACAAUCCAGAAGGCCGACAAAAAGACUGGAGACUGGUUCACUGUGUUAGAGCAUUACCACCGACUGAACGCCACCAUCUCUGACCUCAUCAUGGGCAACACCUACAAGUUUAGAGUGUUUUCUGAAAACAAGUGUGGAAUGAGCGAGAGCGCCGCCGUUACAAAGGAAGAGGCCAAGAUCUUGAAGACAGGUAUUGAAUACAAACCUCCAGACUACAAGGAGCACAACUUCAGCGAGGCGCCCAAGUUCACCACAAAUCUGACCGACAGAAGCACCACUGUCGGCUACAGCACCAAGCUGUUAUGCUCCGUCAGGGGAUUUCCUAAGCCCAAGGUUCAGUGGAUGAAGAACCAGAUGAUUAUCGGAGACGACCCCAAGUUCAGGCAGAUCUGCGUCCAGGGAAUUUGUUCUCUGGAGAUCCGAAAACCCGGUAACUUCGACGGCGGCGUGUACUCCUGCAAAGCCAUGAACGAUCUCGGAGAAGUAACCGUCAGCUGCAAGCUGGAGGUCAAACAGCCUGUGAUUCCAGACGCGGACAAGAAAUAGGUUAACAUCUUCUCAAUCACAGGAGCAGAGGGUAUGCGGAAGUUUGUAGCAUAAGGAGGGUGUUGGAUUCCUGGAAGAACAUGUAUAUAGAUGGCUGGUGAUCACACUACAAACAGCUGUAGCCUGUGACCUCUCAACGAGUUUGAGGAUCUGUUAAGAUGAACAAUUACUGUCGUCGCUUCGUCCCAAAAUCUCCAUUAUUAAGUCCAUAUCCAUGUCCACAAGUUGAUUUAUUUUUCCUCUUUAAGUUUUUGUUUUCCCGGAACACUCUUAAUGAUUACUCAACAUGUUCAAAUCUUGAAACAUCUUGUUAGUCUUACUCGAAUGAAUGUACUGUUCCUCAUAAGAGAGCCUACAUGUAACAUCUGUGUUUAUAUCAAUAAACAGUUGAUUUCUGGUU